GAGAAACACUCCAUUCAUCCAAAAGUUUUCCUGUGAUUUCGGCCACUACUGCACAAAAAUGUCAGCUCUCUUCAAUUUCCAAUCAGCGCUGCUAGUGCUCCUCCUCCUCAUAUGUACGAGCGCAUACGCACAUCAAUUAUUUCCCAACAUUAUGGAUCGAAAUAAGGAAGGCACUUUCACUGGGCUGUUCUGGAAAUGUGCGAGGAUAGGAGAGCGAUUGAGCCCUUAUAUAAGUGUUUGCUGUGUUGUUAUGGCUGUUUCUCUGUUUGUUGGCAACUAAAAUGUUUGGGGGAGGGGAUUUCCAUGGCGUUUGGAGGGGGGAUGAAUUUAUGUCAAAUCAAGGUCUGGAUCUGAAGACAUUUGGCAUAGAAGGUGUGCUUGUAAGGUCAUAAGAGGGUGGCAUUUGAGCAAAUAAAUAAUACAUUAUACGCAUAAUCGAACACGAUACCA